AUGUAUCGACAAAUUGUGCUGCAUCCGGAUGAUCGACGAUUGGUUCGCAUUUUCUUCCGUUUCUCACCGCAAUCGCCGAUUGAAUUGUACGAGCUGAAUACUGUGACAUAUGGUUUGUCUCCAUCAUCGUUCUUGGCCACUCGUACAUUGCUGCAGCUUGCGGAAGAUGAAGGUGCUGACUUUCCACUAGCUUCACCCGCACUGAGACACAAUUUUUAUGUAGACGACUUCAUUGGCGGAGCUAACAGCGUGAGUGAAGCUCGCGAGCUUCGUCAGCAACUUUCCGAGUUACUCUCCAAGGGCGGGUUUGAACUCCGGAAGUGGACAUCCAACUGUUUAGGCGUACUAAGUGGUUUACCAGCAGAGCAUAUCGGUACACAGUCAUCACUGCAGUUUGUGCCGAACGAGACUGUGAAGGCACUUGGUAUCGCAUGGAAGCCCGAACUAGAUGUUUUGUGCUUUGAGUCGACUGCAAUAAUGGAAACCGCCAACCUCACCAUGCGAUCCAUAUUGUCAAACAUUGCUCGAAUGUUUGAUCCACUUGGAUUGAUCGCUCCAGUCAUCAUACGCGCGAAAUUGCUAAUGCAGGAGUUGUGGCUGCAGAAAAUCGGAUGGGACGAUCCGGUCCCUGUACACAUCUGUAACAAAUGGAAAUCGGUUACUGACGACUGGAAGGAUUUGGAAAGCUUCAAAAGCGAACGGUAUGUGCUCUUACCUAACUCUAAAAUACAGUUCCAUACAUUUGCAGACGCGUCAGAAGUUGCUUAUGGUGCCUGCAUUUAUGCGCGCUGUGAGGACCAGCAGGGACGAGAGCACAUCUUCAUCAUCGUGUUAGACGCGCUAUGGGAAUCGACACAACCGAAUCGUUUUUUCUGGUCGGAUUCGACGGUAACGCUAAACUGGAUAGCGUCUCCACCCAACACCUGGAAAACAUUCGUGGCGAAUCGUGUUGCUGAGAUCCAGAACUAUUCGCACCCUCGUCAAUGGAAACACAUUCCCGGUUCAUCGAAUCCCGCCGAUCUGGUGUCUCGAGGGAUGUCAGCAGCUGAAAUGCUAAAAGGAUCGAUUUGGAGCUGUGGUCCUGAAUGGUUGGCGCUAUCCCCCUCCAAAUGGCCAAUGUCAAAUCCAUCACUGACUGCUGAAACGGAUAUGGAAAUUCGUCAGACACGUACACUACAGUCAUCACAAGUUACCUCAGCAGCAUUACCGAUCACCCCUGAGGCUAUAGAAGCAGCUAAAAUCGUGCUUUGUAAACUGGCACAAGAGCACGAGUUUUCAUCAGAGAUCCAACUGCUGAAAAAGGGAGAAAUGGUACGAAAACAAUCACCUCUACGGCGAUUGAAUCCGUUUCUCGACAACGAUGGAAUAUUACGAGUAGGAGGCCGCUUGAAACUUGCACAGCUACCGUACCAGUUCAAGCAUCCCAUCCUGCUUCCCAAAACCAUCAGCUGGCUCAUCUCAUCGCGGUGCACAUACAUGAGAAGCUGAUGCAUGGCGGGGGAAGACUACUACUUUCCCGGAUACGUGAGGAAUAUUGGCCACUCGAUGGACGUCGGCUAGUAAAAAACGUAGUGAGGAAUUGCUUUCGUUGCAUUCGUCAGGAUCCGCAGCUGACACAACAACAAACUGGUCAACUCCCGUAUGAACGCAUCAC